GUCACACGCGCAGCUGUGGCUAAUCGCAAACGAAGUGGAGCAGUGGAUUUUUUUGAUGCUUCGCUUCCAGCCGGACAAAUAUUCGAAUUUUUUUGGUUAAUUUUGCGGAAAAUUGUUCGGUUAAGGGAUUUUUGAAGUACAAGUAGUGAUUGUAUUUGUAUUGUAAUUAAUUUUUGUGUGUGCAACAAUAUAUCUUUUUACUUUUUCGUAUGGAUAGAUAAUUAUGGAUACUGAAAACCAAGUCCAGCAAUACGGUGAAGUGAACCAAUUAGGAGGAAUUUUCGUAAACGGCAGGCCCUUGCCGAACGCCGUGCGAUUAAAAAUAGUAGAACUUUCCCAAGUCGGCAUAAGGCCUUGCGACAUAUCCAGGCAAUUGAGAGUGUCGCAUGGCUGUGUCUCGAAAAUUUUGGCAAGGUACCACGAAACCGGUUCGAUUUUACCGGGCGCUAUAGGCGGAUCGAAACCUCGGGUCACCACACCGAAAGUAGUAGCGUAUAUCAAAGAAUUAAAACAAAAAGACCCGGGAAUUUUCGCCUGGGAAAUCCGAGACCGGCUGCUAUCGGACGGCGUCUGCGACAAGUACAACGUCCCAUCGGUGAGCUCGAUCAGCAGAAUACUUAGGAACAAAAUAGGAACGCUGGUGCAUUCCCAGCCGCACGCCCAUCACCUCUACAACGCCAUUUACCCGUCGUACUCGUACCCGCAGCAGAGGCUGUCGCCACCGUCGUCCCAACGGCACGGAACCACCCAUUGCUGGCCCAGCUCCCAUUCCGUGACGGACAUCUUGGCGGGCGUCCACGCCGCGGCUUUCAGGGGCUCGCACGGGAACCCCCCGGCGCCGCAUCUCAUGUCCGGGCCGUCGCCGCCCGGCGUCGAUUAUUCCUCGCAGAAUUAUUACAUGUACUUUCAGUCGGGGAAUACCGCGGCGGCCAUGCAUAUGGUCAAUGGGGGAAUGGGCGCGCAUCCCUUAACGAAUACACAUUUAUGAAAUAGGCGGUAUGCCUAAAUUCACUUGCAUAGUUUUUGUUGAUGUUGAUGGUAUGGUGAUUUACUCACGGACAUGCAAUAAGGAGAUUUUUGUUCCAGUUAAAUAUAGUUUAGAGACUUGUUCGAAAUUGAUCUAUUUUUAUGAAUAGUAAACACUAAAUUAUUUCUUUUUUCUAAAAUAUUAAACUGGAGCGACGGACUACAUAUAUUCUCUAAAAGAAUUGUUGAAACUGGAUUAUUUAUUAUUUAAAUGGUGUUCACAUAAGAAAUGCUUCUGAAGCUUUAAAUCAAACUUAAUGUAAAUAUUGUAGAUCUAAUUAGUUCUUUUUUUUUAAUAAAACGAGUGUGGUAUAUUUUUUAAAACCGUGACAAAGCGACUGAUGUGUUGGAGGGCUGACGAUUGUAUCGAUAACUAGUCUUUUAGGAAAAUAUCUAUCUCAUUUUGUACAAUUCGAGCGACUUCGGCGGGCCGUCCAGUCCAGAGUCCAGCUAAACGAUUGGAAAAGUAUUUUUAUUUAACACUUAAUAGAAA